AUGAGCCAAAAGAGGCCCCUAGCAGUGCAACUUGCUGAAGCAUCUCUUUUAUAUAUAUAUUCUUUUGAAACCCGUAUUUUGGUGGACUUGAAGUUAUUUGAGGAGGACUGGAGAAGCCUAGCAAUAAUAAUAGAGUGCCACCUGUCUCUGCAACAUCUAAUGGCUUCCAAUUUUCUUCAAAAAAAUUUAGCAGAGGACCAACCAAAUCGAACAACCAAUUUUCGGGGGUUUUGUCUUGGUUGGAAAUUCGCCGGAGUUAAGCCAGAGAAGACGACAAUCCGUUCAAGAGAGAGAGAGAAGUGA